GGAAAUACGGAAGUAAUCAAAUAGUACCGUAAUCAUAACUCAUAUGCAUGCAUGCGCUAUGCAUAUGCGAGAAACAAAAAUCAACGGAUUAGCAGGGCUCAUGACGCCAGCGCUGCAGGCCUAGGGUCAGUUAGUUAGCUAGCUAGGCUGUACAUGUACCUACCGCGCCAGGUAUCUGUCAGUGUCGCUCGAUAUAGAUCUACAGUGUGUAGCUGAGACUUCACUACCGACUUUGUGACUGAAUCUGACUCUGAGAUAGGUCUACUCUAGUCUACUUUGCAUCAUCCUGUCAUCGACAUCGAGGCCAGGACCUAGCUAGCGCUAACCUGGGCUAAGACUAAGUCUGAAUCCUAGAUCUGGAUUUAAUCUGAUACUACUGAUAGGACAAGAAAGAAGAUCAUGAAUGAAUCAGAAAGGAAGACUGACAUGGAGGAGAAGCAGGAUGAGGGAGAAGGACCGGUCAAGUUUCCAUUCCCCUUCCCUCCGUACCCAAUACAAGAAGACUUCAUGAAACAUCUGUACGAGGCACUGGAUGGUGGCAAGAUUGGUAUCUUUGAAAGCCCUACAGGAACAGGAAAGUCUCUGAGCCUUAUUUGUGGAGCACUUAAAUGGCUGACUGAUCAUGAGAAACAAAAACAGGUGGAGUUGGAAGCAUUGAUGGAACAGCAGCAGAGUGAGGCUCAUGAACAAAGCAAUGGAACUACGCAGUCAUCAGGAGCUCCUGAUUGGGUUAUGGAGUUUGAGUCAAAGCGAGAUCAGAUGGAGAAAACGACCAAGCUCAUGGAAGAGAGAGAAAAGAAGCUAAAGAGAGAAGCCAAGUUGGAUAAACUGAAGAAUGACCUUCGUCAGAGAUCUUCAUUCAAGCGAAAGAGACUCUCAACCACGGAUGAGACCGUAGGCCUGGACAAAGAGCUUGAUGAUAAAGAUAAACGUCAAGGAGCUGGAGAUGCUCCUCCUGGAGAAGAGGAUGAUGUUGAUGAUCAUCUAGUUGCUGAUUACCAUAGCGAUGGGGACAGUGCUGAAUCAGAAGAAGAUGAGGAAAAGGACGAGAUAGACGAACCUGAAGAGAUAACCAAGAUCUUUUACUGCAGCAGGACCCACUCUCAGCUGAGUCAGUUUGUCCAUGAGGUUCAGAAGAGUCCUUACCAUGACGACGUUAAGGUUGUGACCUUAGGGUCAAGACAGAAUCUCUGCAUCAACGAAGCAGUGAAGAAGCUCCGAUCCAUGACCCUUAUCAAUGACAGGUGUCUAGAGAUGCAGUCCAAGAAAAAGCCGGCAGCCAAGAAAGACGAUGAUUCCACCACCAAACCGAAGCGAAAGCGCUCCAAGCAGUCCUUAAAGGCUUGCCCUCACUUCAGUCAAGGUCAGCUGAGUCUCUACAAGGACAGGGUCGCGGUAGAGGUCAUGGACAUGGAACAGCUCGGGAAGGUCGGCAAGGAAUUGAAGGCUUGUCCAUACUACGGCACUCGCUAUGCGGUUCCCAAUGCCCAGUUGGUUGUCCUGCCAUACAACAUCCUCCUGCACAAAUCAACAAGGAAGGCCUGCCGUAUCAAUCUCAAAGGCAACAUCGUCAUCAUAGAUGAAGCCCAUAAUCUCAUCGAGACCAUCUGCAAUGUUCAUAGCGUUGAGGUCACAGGAGCACAGCUUUGCAGAGCUCAUUCACAACUGAGUCAAUACAUGCAGAAGUUUAAGAGCCGGCUCCUUGCCAAGAACUUGAUGUACAUCAAACAGCUCCUUCAGAUCCUCUCCAGCUGGGUCCGUCAGCUUGGAGGGAGAACCGACUCGGCUCCAGACUCCCAGAAGCUGAGUGGAUCUGGCUCCACCUCCGUCUUCACCAUCAAUAAUUUUCUCUUUGAGACACAAAUGGAUAACAUCAAUCUCUUCAAGCUGCAAAGGUAUUGCCAAAAGAGUCAAAUCUCCAGAAAGUUGAAUGGAUUUGUUGAGAGAUAUCAACCACUUUCGGUCAAAGUUCAUCAACCUGAGAAACCUAAGGGAUCUGGUAUGACCCAGUUCUUACAUCAAAUCAGCAAGAGAGAUCAGGCUCCAAGUCAGAACCAACCCCCAACUCCAGAUAAGUCAGGUGAUGACGAGACUCAUGUUUUUUCCUCUCCCUUGAUGCACAUCGAGGGUUUCCUCCUAGCUCUCACCAACGCAAACAAGGAUGGACGAGUAGUCGUUAACAAGAAAGAACUAGUGAGCCAGUGUAGCCUCAGGUUCCAGCUUCUCAACCCUGCUGUUCACUUCACUGAUGUAGUAAAGGAGGCUAGGGCCAUCAUUGUUGCCGGGGGAACCAUGCAACCGGUAGAAGAUUUCAAGCACCAGCUCUUUGUCUGUACCGGGGUUCAACCGGAAAGGAUAUUGGAAUUCUCAUGUGGUCAUGUGAUUCCUCCUGAGCACCUGCUACCAAUCUCCCUAUCCAAGGGACCGACGGGAUUAGAGCUAGACUUCACAUAUCAGCACAGAGAUCUGCCUCAAAUGAUGGAUGAAGUAGGGCGUAUCCUGGUCAACAUCUCCAACAUUGUACCCGGGGGCGUGGUCUGCUUCUUCCCCUCCUAUGACUAUGAGAAGCAGAUCUACCAGUACUGGGAAUCUCACGGUGUCCUCACUAGACUAGGCCAUCGUAAGAAGAUCUACAGAGAACCAAGGAAGGCCAAUCAGGUAGACCAGGUCCUGGGCCAGUACUCUGCAACCAUUGAGAAAGCAUGCAGUGGCUGUACGCUUUCAGGCCUGAAUGGUGCAAUGCUGUUCUGUGUGGUCGGAGGAAAAAUGAGCGAAGGCAUCAAUUUCUCUGAUAAUCUAGGAAGGUGUAUUGUGAUGGUUGGUCUUCCCUACGCAAACAUCAAGUCACCAGAAUUGAAGGAGAAAAUGGACUACCUCAAUGCAAACAUGCCUCAGAUCAAUGGGCGCAGUGCUGGUCAAGUCCACUAUGAUAACCUGUGCAUGAAGGCAGUCAAUCAGUCCAUAGGCCGAGCUAUACGUCACAAGGGAGACUAUGCUAGCAUGCUGCUGUUAGAUCAUCGCUACACUAGACCUUCUAUCAGGUCCAAACUACCAGCAUGGAUCUCUGAGAGGCUACAGGUCGCUUCUCGCUUCGGUCCUGCCUUCGCCUCUAUCAAUAAGUUCUUUGUGGACAAGAGACCAGACAAGCUGGAGUAGUGCAAUCACAGUGCUGGUGUUUAAAGGGAGUAGGGCAUGACGAGACUACGUGUCUUUCCGUGGCCUGACUACGGACGACGCAACCACAGCAAUCACGUGCAUGCAACAUACGCGAAAGUAAAGCGUGAGGAUAACAUCGGUCUGUUUUGCGAGCUGUAGUGCUUGCUAACCAUGUAGAGAUUAAGUCUCUGACUACCGUUAAUCAAGUCCAUUCGUUUACGUGCAGUUGUCCAAAAGAAGAUGGAGAUGACUUUUACCAGUCUUUACCAAGCCACACUCCCUUUAAGAUGAGGACUUAUCCCCAAAGAUGUAAAACUUGUGUUCACAAAAUUAUUUUCUGAAUAUUUUUUUGUUUAAUCCUGUUUGUUUCACUCAGAAUAAUGAGAUUUGAGACAUGAUUGUACGUUCAGAGUAUCAUGUUAUUAUGCACCAAUAUAUUUAUGUGUCUGGACCCCGCCCAGGUAUCCAUACUUGUGAUCGGGAUAUCUUUAAAUCGCAGUAGUCCCAUAACAUUUCCCUUCCUUAUAAAAAGAAAAAGAAUAGUGUUUCCUUCAAUCUUUAUUAAUAUUAUUUGCUUUAAGCAAACAAAAUAAUAAUUUGUUUGAGGCUUUUCUAUUUUGUUUUUUCUUUUGUCUCCUUUUUCUUUUUUUACAAAUUUUUCAAAUUUCUAUAUCCCAAUCACAUUUCAUUCUGUAAUACCAUACAUUAAAUAAAAAUGAUGAGCAUUUGAGAUAAAAUAAAAUAUGAACAUAAGAGUUCUUCGUUCCAUUUGUAAAGUCAUGGAAUGGUCAACAGUAAUGAGGAAGUCCUCGAUCUGGAAUGUGGAGAGGUCCUGCGACACAAUACUUCAAGGCCGGCUCGUGCGCCAUCAUGAGCUCUUUCUGUUGCUUUGGCUGGAAAGCAUUGCAGGUGCUGCAUUGGGUCACCUUUUCCUUCACUUCCUACUGCAUGCCAGGCCAGAACAGGACAUCUCAAGCUCGUCGAACACAGGUAUCAACUCCUAGAUGACUGCUGUGCACCCUGUUCAGCAUCAGGGCUCUCAUGGCGGUUGGUACGAUAACUUUCAUGCCCAUGUACAGAACACCGUUCUGUACAGUUAUCUCAUCCCAGAACUGGUAAUAUCCUCUCACCACCACAGACACUUCAUCUCUCCGUUCAGGCCAUCCAUUCAUUACAAUGGAUGUCAGAGUUUGAAGGGCGGGUUCUCUUAAUGUCUCUUUCUGCAGCUGUAGUGAUGUGGCAUCACGUAUCCUGACAUCAUUUGUCUGGUUGAUCCAUUCAAUCUCACCAUAGAUCCUGUCGCAGCUCUCUGUGUCAGGCAGGAAAGCUCUACUCAACCAGUCUGCAAUCAACAUAUCCCUGCCUGGACAGAAUGUUAGCUCAAUGUCAUACUUCUGCAUUCUCAAGAGCAUUCUCUGGAGGCAUUUCGGGGCACUGUUCAAAGCCGUGCUGAGUAUCGGCACCAAGGGCUUGUGAUCUGUCAUGAUUGUCACCUUCCUUCCUUGAUGUGCAGGAGACUGACUGUCCAUUCUGGAGCAAUGUAGCUCCAAGCCCCUUCUCUGAUGCAUCGCACUGGAUUGUCACCACAUCCUUCAGAUUGUAGUAUUUCAAGAUUGGAGUUUCUGUCAUAAGGCUUCGUAGCUUGUUGAGGGGUUUCCUCAAUUUGAGCAUAGUUUUGUUCUGUUUUUGUCAGAACCCUUGAUGUGUAGGAGACUGGCUGUCCAUUCUGGAGCAAUGACGCUCCCAGCCCCUUCUCUGAUGCAUCACACUGGAUCGUCCCCUAAUCCUUCAGAUUGUAGUAUUACAAGACUGGAACUUCUGUCAUAAGUCUUUGCACCUGGUUAAGGGUUUCCUCAUGGUCCUCCCUCCACUCAAAGUGGACACCUCUGUUAGUAAGCCUUCUCAAAGGUUCAGCUACGUCUGGUAAUCUAGGCAUGAAUCUGGACAGGUAUGUGACACUUCCAAGAAGGCAUUGAACUCCCUUCUUGUCAGUAGAGCCCGGCAUCUCCAUUACAGUCUUCACCUUCUUAGGAUCUGGUUUGAGACUAUCACUCAUCAGUAGAUGUCCCAUGUAUGGCACUUCACUGAGGCAUAGUCUGAGGUUCUUGUUGUUGUUUAAAGUCAGUCCGACCGCUCUUGCCCGUGCCAAGAACUUCCGGAGAUUCCUAUUGUGGUCCGCCAGGGCUUCUUCAUUUGUAGCACCACUGCCAUAUACUAAGAAGACAUCUGCCACAACAUCAAUUCACAUUUAUUUCAUUUACAGAAAGUGUGAAAAAAAUGUAUUUACAUAUUCAUUUUUUCUUGGUAACUAUACAAAUACACUUUACACAUAAUAAAAUUAUUACAAGAAAUUCUUAACUUCUGAGGAAAUGGGGGAUCCAUUAAAAAGCAGUGCUUGCAGUUUGUGGAUUCCCCUCAACACCACACCACACAAGCCUUCUAUGAUUUCAUGUAACUCCUCGGGUGCUGUACAUAUGCCAAAAGGCAUCCGAGUCCAUCUGUAAAGACCAAAUGAAGUUGCGAAUGUCGUUGCUCCUUUCUGUCAGCUUUACCUGCCAGAAUCCGCCCUUCGCAUCUAACACAGAGAACACCUUGGCUUCUGCAAGCUUUGGCAGUAUAUCAUCCAUCGUUGGCAUGAGAUAAUGAGGUCUCUUUAAGGCUCUGUUAAGAUCUCGCGGGUCAAGACAGAUUCUGAGCUUGCCUCGUUUCCUGACCCAGUCUGUAGGUACUGACACCUUCAAAAUGCCUCUCUACUCUAAUUCAUUAAGCUUCAGCUUCAGUUUUCCUUUCAGAGGCACCACCACCUCCCCGGCUAGACCAUAAAAAACAUCUGCAUAGUCAUCGAUGAUAGCGUUGUCUUCCACUAUGGUGACUUCAUUGGAACUAUCGACCGUGAUCAGUCACAUAUAAAUAGAUGUCUUGCUAGACAAGAGGGGCAUGUGCUCACAUCAAUGAUCUUUAAUAAACGUAACAUACAUACAUGCAUACAUACAUACAUAUUAAAAUUUAUAUAAUGCCUUUACAUAAACAUGCUCAAAGCGCUUUACAUAAGUAAAUAAAACCGAAUAAUUAUCAAUAUACUGUACUCCCAAAUUCGAUGCACAUAUUCAGCAUUGCAAAAUUAAUUUCCUCCUUCCAGGUAGCACUUCAAACAUCAGCGCAAGCCUCUUUUACAAAUUUCCCCCCGUAGAUCAGACUCCUGACACCAUGUUUCACUCAGAAUAACGAGAUUUGAGACAUGAUGGUAUGUUCAGAAUAACAUGUUAUUUUGCAUGAAUUAUAAAUAUGUGUCUGGACCCCUAUCAAGUAUCGAUACUUGUGAUCGGGAUAUCUGUAAAUCACAAUUGUCCCAUAACACUGUUGAUGACAUGUUAUCCUUGUUUUCCACUGUUAUGAAUGGAAGAUUUAAGAAUCUUCGCGAAAAAUAUAAUCUUGAUCUAUUUUUUUCAGUCAUUUGAACUUUAUAUGUUGCACAUUUCAUUCCAAAUCUACAAUCGAAGACAACUGCACAAAGAAUGAUUUCAUGAGAUUACCUUGUUUGAAAUAUCUAUUUGUUUCAUUUUACUUAGCGAAAAGGAGAUUCUAAUUCAUUUUAGUUUUAAUUCUUUUGAAGUUAUUAUGGGCUACUCUUCUGUUGAUGCUUUGUUUUUCUUGAUUUUUCUUUCAGCUCAUUCAAUAGGGA